UUAGUCAGGAUCAGGCUGGUUUUGUUUUCAUUCUAUUCAUAAGUAUUAUCAUAUCUUAAGUUCCUCAUUGUUGUGAUAAUUGUUUGGUCUCUUAUGUUUGUGGAAAUAUAGUAUACACAUAUUGUGUAACCUUUUUGUUACUGCGACCAGAAGCGCAGAGUAAUUCCUGUAGUAAUGCAGCUACGACAAAAGACUGGUCGACAUCGACUCAGAAGACGAUCUGCUGAAAAACAAACAAGACCUCUCGCUACCAAACCCCAGCUAACUGUCGAAGUACAGACCAAUGCAGCAGAUAUGUUGGUGUGUGAGGAACCAUGCAAGAAAACCAAGAAGGACGCGGGACUGUGCAGUGGCAACCAUGAUGUUAGACCUGAAAACACUAUCACCAAGGAGACAUGCUAUCCCAGCAUCAACAAUAGUGAUUUCAUCACAUCAACUCCUCAUGUUAACAAAGGUUUGACUAGGAAGAAGCCUUUUACGCAAGUGAAGGAGAACACCUCCCAUCUGAACCAUUGUGCUCCGAGGUACACUGUCACUGGGAACCUUUUCUCAUCAGCCGCCUUCCAUACUCACGAUGGAGACAAAUUCACAAAUUGCGCUGAAGAUGGUGCUAACAACAACACUGAGGUCCCCUGUACAGGAGAGAGUCCCAGUUCAGCAAAGGAAAACCACAUCUCAGAGCUGACACUGUUGAACACACAGUUGAUGCUUGACCCAGUGACCUUGGAGCUGCCUGGUGACCUUGAGAACAAUAACAACAACAACAUGUGCAAGAUGGAGCCAUGUGUAAUGGAAUGUGAUCCCACAUUUCCUCCACCUGAGGAGGAGGAAGAGGUAUCAGAUGAAAGUUAUGAGGCAGAAUGGGAUGUGGAGCCAUUUGAUCCGUAUGCAUUUAUCAAGACGUUGCCCCCUCUAACAGAUGAGCUACGUGCCAGAGUGCCUGCUUUGCCCCUUAAGACACGAAGCUCACCUGAAUUUUCACUUGUGCUUGAUUUGGACGAGACGCUUGUACACUGCAGCCUUACGGAGCUAGAGGAUGCAUCGUUCACCUUCCCUGUGCUGUUCCAGGAAGUAACUUACCAGGUAUUUGUGCGCACUAGGCCAUUCUUCCGUGAGUUUCUAGAGCGCGUGUCUCAGAUAUUUGAGGUGAUUCUGUUCACUGCUUCUAAGAAGGUGUACGCUGACAAACUUCUGAAUCUACUAGACCCACAGAAGAAACUUAUUAAGCACAGACUGUUUCGUGAACAUUGUGUAUGUGUCAACGGGAACUACAUCAAGGACUUGAGUAUACUAGGAAGGGACCUAAGCAGAACCAUCAUCGUAGAUAACUCUCCCCAGGCAUUCGGUUAUCAGCUGCACAAUGGCAUCCCGAUAGAGAGCUGGUUUAUGGACCGCAGCGAUAGGGAACUCAUCAAGAUGCUGCCAUUUCUUGAAAGCCUCGUCUCCAUGAAUGAAGAUGUACGGCCUCACAUUCGGGACAAGUUCAAACUGCAUCUUUUACUGCCACCUUAAAUGGGCUGCCCCAUCGUCAUACCAACCACCUGAUCUAUCUACCGUGUUGACCCUCAGCCACCCGUACAACCCUUUGAUCUUCAACUUCGCCAUGGCAACUUGUGUAUAUAGAAUGAGUAUUGAUUUGUGUAUUGUGCCCAUGCAAUGAUGAAGAUGUUCUACACCAAAACAGUUGAAAUGUACUUAUAUUGUUUUUGUUUUGUUUGGUUAUGCAUCAAUUUUUUUUUUCUUGAAAAUUCUGAAAAAUGGCAAGACCAAUAUGUGUUUUAUAGCGAAUAUUAUCUCAUUAUUCCCCUCUAUCACACAAAACUUGUUAUUAAAAAAAAUCAAAUGUUGAAUUUGUCAACAUUUUUGUAUUGUCUUCCUUUCUUUAGUACAAUAGUCCCCUUUUGCUGAUUUAUAUUAAAUCAUUAUUAAUUUUACAAGCUGCUUCUUGUAAAUCAGUUGUAGAAAUUUACUUGGAGAAAGAUGAAGAAGGUUUUGAUAUAGUCUAGAAAAAAAAUUCAAGUAUUUCUAAAGUGUAUGUUAAAGUCUGCAAGUGUUAUCAAAGUUUACCAUUUACAAUGAAGAGAAUAAUAUUUAGUGUCAUUUUUUUAAUAAUGGAUAUAUUGGUAUUAAAAUGACGAAUGUCUUGAAUGGGAAGCCUUUGACAAGUAACAAGUGGCCAAGCAUUACCAGUUGUAACCAUUUACACAAAAUGUUUAUCAGAUAAUCCUUAACCCUUUCAGUGCGGGAACCGAAUUUUGAAGGCCUUUGCAAACAGUUUGGAUCCAGAUGAGAGGCCACAGAACGUGGUGUCUCAUCAGGAUCCAAACUGUUUGCUGUUCUGAUAGUAUUCUUUGAAAAAAAUCGAAGAAAAUGCUAAUUUUAGAAAUUCAGCAGACAACAUUUAAGCAGACGACAAAUUUCCCAGCAUGCAAAGGGUUAAAUCAGGUGUUGUCAUUUGAACCCUUUUUGCAUACCCUUAACCUUGUUGGGUUAAACCAUUGACCAAAUUAAACUUACGCCUCUUGUUAGGCAUUUGACCAAAUCCUUAAAGAUACCAUUUACCAAGUCGUGCACAUUUUAAUUUGAGCAUAUUGCAAUUUUUAUUAAUUGUUUAUAUCAUUAAACUUUUCUUAAUUAUAGGGAUAUUUUAUGUUCCAUGGUGUGUUAUGUUUGAAUUUCUCUGUUUGAAGUCUUCUUAACCUAUUUUUUAAUACCUGUUUAUGAUUCUGUGUUGGGAGUACUUUUGUUCAAACACAGAUUGUUUUGGUUUUCUGCUUUGUUUACAUUAUGUUUAAUUAUGCAAUAAUACAGAGACCCUCCCUAUUGCAAAACCUUGUAUUCCAAUAUUUGAUGUUGUUUAUUGAAAUAACAUUGUUUGUUACUUUGUUUUACUGAAACUUGGUUUCAGGUUACAGUUUGUUGAGAGUAAAUGUAUGUUUUGCGUAUUUUCAAGUGCACUUAUUUUUGAGAGUCCUCUUGGUAGAAUUAGAUUUUGUUAACGUGCCAUGUUCUGAAGAUACAAUAAGUCAAGUCUUGUGAUAAAAUUCUCUAUCAAUUUUGAAGUUUAAUCUGUUUUACUAUUAUUGAUUGCUUUUAAAUAGGGGAAAAACAUUUUAACUUAGGCUUGUAUCACCAUUUCAGCUGAUUAAAACUAAAAUUUAAUAGUUUCUUUAGAGAUCUAUUAUGGAGACAUCUGUUCCUAAUAUUUAAAAUACACUCAAGUUUAAAGGAACAAUACACUCAAGCAGAAAUGAUAUACUUUUUGAUAAUUGAUGAUUUGAUUGUUGUUUUGAAUGAGAUUGUCUAAAGCAUCGAAUCUAUGCCUUUAUGUAAUAAUUGGUUGUUUGUGAUAUUUAUGAAUUGAAUGAAAAUUGCUGAUAACCAGUUAUAAAAAAAGAGUCAGUUGGAAUUUUAGUCGAUUUUGACACCAUUGUAAAGAAUUCUGCUACUGAAUCCAAUAACUGUUGUUGUCAAUAAUUUCAAAUAGAUUUAGACAAUUAAUUUUCUAUGUGUUUUUCAUGCCAAAAAAUAAAAUUCCCAUUCCACAAUCCGUCAGACUCCACGAAAUCUGUUGUAUCAGGUUCUGUGAAGUACAACUGGAUUGAUUUAGGGAUGAGAAACAAUAUUUGUUUGAUUUAAUCUUGGUGUGAUUGUUGUAUAGAUGAUCUCAAAAGUGUGUUCCAAAAAAUUCACAAGUGUCAUGCUAUAUUUUAAAGAUGUGUAUUUUUGUAUGAUAGUUUAUUACUGCAUUGAAUUUGUUAAUGUAUGAUUACUGCAUUAAACUUAUUGAAUGUGUUGAUGCAAACUUUGUUAUAGAUUGUUAAUGAAUAGCUUCCCAAUGUGCAUGAUUGUGAUGUUAUUUUCAUUUAUUCAUUUAUGAUUUGAUAAAAGGAAGAAUGUUGUAUUAAUUUAAGUCUAACUAUUAGAUUAUGGAUUUAAUUUUUGCAAAAGUUAACCCUUUCAGUGCGGGAACCGAAUUUUGAAGGCCUUUGCAAACAGUUUAGGUCCAGAUGAGACGCCACAGAACGUGGCGUCUCAUCAGGAUCCAAACUGUUUGCUAUUCUGAUAAUAUUCUUUGAAAAAAAUCGAAGAAAAUGCUAAUUUUAGAAAUUCAGCAGACGACAAAUAUCCCAGCAUGCAAAGGGUUAAUAAAAAAGACUCAAAAUCACACAAAGAGUGUGCUUACAAAAAUAUGUAGCUUUACUUUGAGUAUAAAUGAUUAUAUUGUACUGUUUCUGUUAUAUGUCUACAAAAUAUUUUACUGUACAAAAAAUCAGCCCCAAUACCAAUCAAUGCUUUUUGCUUGUCUUACUUGUAUGUUCAGAGCUUUAGAGCAUUUGGAAUUAGUAUCAUAUAUUAUAACAACGCCUCAGGAUAUUUAUUGUGUCCACUCUUCAACAACUCGAAAACAACAUUACAAACUAUUUAUCAUGCUGAAUAUGUACAUGAUUAGGAAAAGAACCUAAAACAGCAAGGUUUUAAAAAUCAAGAUUGAAAACAGCAUGUGAAAAUAAAUAUGUAACUCAUUUUCAAAAAAGAGAAAAAAACAGCAGAAAAUGUAUAGUCAAAAUUGUUUUGUUUUUUGAAAAACAUAGAUCAAAGUUCAUGGAAAAGUUGAGUGGAUUGUUAAAAUUAUACUUUUAUCAAUUGAUGUUAUACACGUACUUAUCAUUGUAGGAUUCGAUCUUAUCAGAAACCUAGACUUUUAAUGUGUUUUUAUUUUCUAAUUGAAUCAUAAUCAUUGAAGGUCCGUUUUGACAUUGUAUUCAUGCUUGUUUUUGUUGUGUUACAUUUAAUGCUUAGAAAGGCAGCAAUACUUUUAAAUUUUAAUUUCUUAAGUGCUUUUUAUCAUUGGUAUGUAUUAAUCAUUCACGCCUAUAUCAUCCACUGUUCCAUAGUAAAAAGACAAAAAAAGUUUGUGCUUGCUUUCAUCUAAUUCACUGUAAAUGUUCUCAAGGUUUCUGUUGAAUCAAAUAUUUUAAUUUUGGUGAUAAAACUGUACUUACUUACCUACUUGUCAAAUGAAACAAUUUUGUUACUUCCUAGCAUAUUGAUUUAUUGGUAAAUUAUUAUCUUCAGUAUUGACCAAUGAAAACUAGUUAUGGACUUCUCUAGUUCCAUUGGCUCUUUCAUAUUGUUCUCAUUUAACAACCAAAACUGUAAUUUCUGACUUACAUUUCUUAUAUAUAUAUAUAUCAAUAUUUUAGUGACAUUUACAUUUGAGAGCAUAACAUUUAUUUGCCAUUUUCAUUGCCAUAAACAUCACUUACUUUUUUUACAUAUUGCUUCCAAAUCAUAAUUCAACUUACAUUUGACGCUUGAUUUUCAUUUUGAUUUUAAAUAUUUUAAAAAACAUUUCCUUAAUCUUGUAAAAAAAAUACGCAUUCAAGUGCUACUUAAUGUAAAUUUGUGUCAUUCCGAAAUGUGUUUCUCCUGUUUUGAGACGCACUUUUGAUGUAAAACUUAAUUGAAGAAACUUACCGUUUUGUCUUGACCAAAAUGGCUUGUGAUGUCCUGUAAAAUUCAUGACAGGAUUUUAUAUGUCCUGUAGUAUUUGCACAGAUGCUAUAUAUUUUCAAUAAUUUAUAUAGAUUUGAAGAACGUUACCUUCGAAACAUAAUUAGAAUGUAGUGUAGGCUUCAAUUUUUAUGUCCCCCAUCACUAUAGUGGUGGACAUAUUGUUUUUGCCCUGUCUGUUGCUUUGUGUGUUUGUUUGCGUCAAACUUUAACAUUUGCCAUAACUUUUGCAAUAUUUAAGAUAGCAACUUGAUAUUUGGCAUGCAUGUGUAUCUCAUGGAGCUGCAUAUUUGAGUGGUGAAAGGUCAAGGUCAUCCUUCAAGGUCAAAGGUCAAAUAUAAAGCUUCAAAGCGGCGCAGUAGGGGACAUAAUGUUUCUGGCAAACACAUUUCUUGUUUAAUCUGUUAAUGAACGUAUUUUGAUUAAUACAACUUUUAAAAACUAGACUAGAGAUCCGCUAAUCUGGGAAAUCGGAACUUUAAUUUUUUUUAUCAGAUGUGUUUCGAGGGCCUGCGUCUUUCUCAUGAGUUGUUACUACGUUUUAGAGUCUGUAAUUUUGGCCAAUCAAAACUGUUGAAAAUGUACUUAAUUCGGUGAAAUGCAUUUUAUUUUAUCACAUUGUCUCAGUGUCAAAAUUGUUUUUUCUGUUUGUUGUAAAAUCUGAUCUUGAUUAAUGAUAUCGUUCUAAAGUUUGUAAAUAUUUUCGUUAUUUGUAUGUAUAAAAUGUGUGUUUCAUAAUUUAACCAGAAAUUGUUUGUGGCAUAACUUCAAAACCAUAGAGGUUCAACAAAAAAGUGGCUAUUGCAAUAUUUUUUUGAAGUUCUGUGUGCAGUGUGGCAUGUUGAAUCUUGCAAUGAUUUUGCGAUGAUGACAAGUUUACUUGGAUAGAAUCGGCUGCAGCUAUAAUGUUGAAUUGUACAGUUCAUAUUAUUGCAUAGUUAUCAGUUUAACCCAUUUAUGCCUAGUGGAAUCUCCCAUCCUACUAAAUUGGAUCAAUUUAUUUCCAAAAUUAGGGAUGUCUAAUAUAUUUAUUACUAUAUUUAGAAUAUUUCUUACAAAAAUUGCUAUAAGCAAACAGCGCAGACCCUGAUGAGACGCCUCAUCAUGCGGCGUCUUAUCUGGGUCUAAGCUGUUUGCCAUAUUGAUGAUAGAUAUUUUCAAGCGGUCAUAUCAUGAUUGUCCAUGUUGUAUUCUACUCCAUAUGGACAAACUUGUAGAAAUAUCUCUGGUCAGUUUUUGUCAGUUUGUUUAAUAAUGGACAGAUGGAGUUUACUCCGCAUUAGCUGGUGCCCCACCACAGAACAAGCACAUGUUUGAGUCAAAAAUAAAUAGGUGCGAAUUGCAGCUGUAUUUCAAAGUUUGCACCAACUUUAAUAAGUCAAGUGUUUACUUAUGAAUAAUUGCCAGGACUCGGUCUGGAAUCCCUCAUAAUGCAUCGUCCAGGGUAAGGGACUCUGUAAAACUCGAAAAGUACACUUGCCUGAUCUCGGCUCAUGUUGAUUGCCACACUGUAACAUCAGCAUAGUCCAAAAUUAGUCAUCUGGCGUUAACGGAUAGUUAGGUGUUCUUUGAAUUGUGCUGCCACUUAUUCUGUUAAACCUCUGUUAAAUGUUUUGCAACACUCCCAUUAUGUACAUGUUUUUGUAAAUAGUUCACAUUGUUUUAGAUUUUAUGUUUGUAUAUAGUGUACAGAUCAUGGUUUGAAAUGUGUUUUAUACAAAUGGCAAUAUUUUUCCUAAGUAUUUUCAACAAUUGGACAUAUUUUUAGUGUAACCGAUUGCCUUGAUUUAUAUGCUAGUUUUAGCUGUUCAUUUUCAUUUUAAGCAUUUAACACUAUCAUUGUGACGUUUGCAAACAUCUUCGACACUUUUGUACAGUUGUUUACAGCAGUUAAUCGGCUAAAAUUUAUUGACAGUGUAAGUAGAUGUACUUGACCUGUGAAGUUGUAAAAUAAAUAGAAUGAUCAGUGUAUAUGAAACUGCAAUUGGCAACAUUAAAUCACGCAUAUUUUAACUUUUUAUGUCCCCCACUAUAGUAGUGGGGGACAUAUUGUUUUUGCCCUGUCUGUUGGUCUGUUUGCGCCAACUUUAACAUUUUGCAAUAACUUUUGCUAUAUUGAAGAUAGCAACUUCAUAUUUGGCAUGCAUGUGUAUCUCAUGAAGCUGCACAUUUUGAGUGGUGAAAGGUCAAGGUCAUCCUUCAAGGUCAGAGGUCAAAUAUAUGUGGCUAAAAUCGCUCAUUUUAUGAAGACUUUUGCAAUAUUGAAGAUAGCAACUUGAUAUUUGGCAUGCAUGUGUAUCUUAUGGAGCUGCACAUUUUGAGUGUUGAAAGGUCAAGGUCAGAGGUCAAAUAUAUGUGGCCCAAAUCGCUUAUUUUAUGAAUACUUUUGCAAUAUUGAAGAUAGCAACUUGAUAUUUGGCAUGCAUGUGUAUCUCAUGGAGCUGCACAUUUUGAGUGGUGAAAGGUCAUGGCCAAGGUCAUCCUUCAAGGUCAGAGGUCAAAUAUAUGUGGCCCAAAUCGCUUAUUUAAUGAAUACUUUUGCAAUAUUGAAGAUAGCAACUUGAUAUUUGGCAUGCAUGUGUAUCUCAUGGAUCUGCACAUUUUGAGUGGUGAAAGGUCAAGGUCAUCCUUCACAAGGUCAAGGUCAUCCUUCACAAGGUCAAGGUCAUAUAUAGGGGACAUUGUGUUUCUCAAACACAUCUUGUUAUGUUUCUUUGUUUUCUUUUUUUGAUUGCCAUAAUAUAUAUUCACAUGAAUUUUGCGAGGCAUGUUCAAAAUAUAAAAUGUACACUUUAUUUUGUUGAUUGUUAUUGUGAGAAAUAUAUAUAUAAUCGUGUUUUCAUCAGUAAAUUAGGUAUUAAAUUAGUAAUUGGAAAUAAAGUUGUCUUUCUUUUAA